AUGAAAUUAAAUGCAGAAGAUAAAUUUGCAAGAACCUUGAAGUAUGUCGAAAUCCCACAAUUUUAUGUUUGGAUACGUAGCAAAAGGAUAUGGCAACGAAGAACUGUUGAAGGACGUGGUUCUAUAGGGAGGAUAUGCUAUGUCCCACCAUCUCUUGGUAAAGUAUAUUAUUUAAGAAUCCUGCUCAAUCAUGUUGUUGGACCAAAAUCUUACGAGGAAAUCAUAACAGUCAAUGGACGUAAAUGUGAUAGUUACAAAGAAGCAUGUUUUGAGUUAGGACUUUUAGAUGAUGAUAAAGAAUAUGUUGAUGCAAUUUUGGAAGCAUCUCAUUGGGCAACAGCAUCAUAUCUCAGAACCUUCUUUAUCCAAUUGCUACUUUCAACUUCUGUAGCACGGCCAGAUGUUUUAUGGAAGAAAACAUGUAAAGUUUUAAGUGAAGAUAUGUUACAUAUGCAAAGAAGAAUCUUAAACUGCCCAGGUUUGCAGCUUCAAGAUGAAGAUAUUCACAACCUCUGCCUAUCAUGUAUCGAGCAAUUGUUACUUAACAAUGGUAGUACCCUCAGAAACUUUCCCGACAUGCCUUUCCCCACUACAAAUUAUGUUGCAUCACUCAAUAACCGCUUAAUUGCCAAUGAACUGCUUUAUGAUAAAAGGGCACUAAGUAUUGAACAUCAACAGUUGUUAGCCUGCUUAACUGUUGAACAAAAACAGUUGUAUGAUACCGUUUUGAGUUCUGUUGCUAAAAACGAUGAAGGAGUUUUCUUCGUUUAUGGAUAUGGAGGUACAGGGAAAACUUAUCUUUGGAAGACUCUAACAGCUGCAUUACGAUCCCAAGGACAAAUUGUGCUAAAUGUAGCUUCAAGUGGAAUAGCAUCACUUUUACUAAGUGGUGGAAGGACUGCACAUUCAAGGUUUGUUAUCCCAAUUAACAUCACUGAAAACUCUAUUUGUUCCAUAGAUCCAAGCAGUGAAUUGGCAGCAUUAAUCAAGAUCGGUAAAUUGAUCAUUUGGGAUGAAGCUCCCAUGAUAUACAAACAUUGUUUUGAAGCUCUUGAUAGAACAAUGAGGGAUAUUCUAAGAUCAACCCAACCAAACAGCGAAGACAAAGUUUUUGGAGGCAAAGUAGUGGUCUUUGGCGGUGACUUUAGACAAAUCUUGCCUGUCAUACCAAAAGGAACCAGAAGCAUGAUUGUAAAUGCAAGUCUAAUUUCCUCAUAUAUAUGGCAUCAUUGUGAAGUGCUUAAAUUGACUGUCAAUAUGAGGCUAAAAGUUGGAACACAACAACAAGAUUUACAAGAGCUUCAAGAAUUUACUGAAUGGAUUUUAAAAGUGGGAGAUGGGGUUCUAGGUGAUGAAAACGAUGGGGAAGCAGAAAUUCAAAUACCAAUGGAUUUGUUAGUGGCCGAAUCAAAUGAUCCCCCUUCAGAGUUGAUUAAUUUUACAUAUCCAGAUAUGCUAAAUAGUUUGCAGGAUCCAAUGUUUUUUCAACAACGUGCUAUUCUUGCACCAACUCAUGAUGUGGUGGGAACCAUAAAUGAGAAGCUGUUAGAAAUGAUGCCCGGUGAGGAGAUGACAUAUCUCAGUUCCGACAACUUAUGUGAAUCUGAAGAUACCAACGCAACUGAUGCAACUUUGUUCUCAUCAGAAGUAAUAAAUGGACUUAGAUUGGCCGGAUUACCGAAUCAUAAGUUGGUGUUGAAGGUUGGAGUCCCUGUUAUGUUAUUGCGAAACCUUGAUCAACAAAAUGGCUUGUGUAAUAGCACGCGUUUACAAGUGAUGAGAUUGGGAAAACAUGUGAUAGAAGCUAAAAUCAUCACAGGAACAAACAUUGGCACUCACACUUUAAUUUCAAGGUUAAAGAUGACUCCAUCGGAUAAAAGGAUUCCAGUUAAGAUUUGUCGAAAGCAAUUCCCUAUUUCAGUAUGUUUUGCUAUGACGAUAAACAAGAGCCAAGGACAAUCACUCGAUCGUGUUAGUUUGUAUCUUCCACGACCAGUUUUUAGUCAUGGCCAAUUGUAUGUAGCAGUCUCGAGAGUGAAAAGCAAGAAAGGAUUGAAAAUUCUAAUACAAGAUGAAAACUUUGAAGUGAAGAACACAACCAAAAAUGUGGUCUACAAAGAAGUGCUACAAUGUUUGUGA